AUGGAUUCCAGGCGGGCGGCGGUGUUGCUGGUGCUGCUGCUGUCCAUGGCCUGGGCCCAUGCCAAAGGACCUGGGGGCCAGCACGGAGAGCAGGCCUUUGUGGGAGACGGCGCAUUGACCUCCAGAACCUACCCUUGGAGGUCACUCCCUCGCCCGUGUGACUGCAGCGCCCUCAGCAUCUGCCAUAUUCCCUCCCCGCUGCCCCUGCCGCAGGAGGAAGACGUCGGACUGCACCCACCGCAGCGCGCCCAGACCGCUGGGUCCCUCCUGCGCUCCCUGCUCCGGGCCAUGAACAGAACUGGCCGGAGCCCUGCCUUCCUGUUCCAGCCCCAGAGGUUUGGCAGAAAUACUUGGGGGUCCCGGAACAGCGAGCGGCUGAGUCCCCGGGCUGGAGAGUUCUGGAGCCUGGCUGCCCCUCUGCGCUUUGGGAAGAAGUAA